GCCUUCCUUACCUUUCUCCCUCAAGCUACUUCGAUCGCCGAGAUAUCGUAAACACCACGCUCCGCUGCUUCAGCCAUGAAGAACGACGACGACGCCCCGCCUCUCGCCGUCCGAAUUGGAAAAGAACCCGAGAGUAAUCCUCCGGAACGUUCCUACCGUUCUCAAAAUGUACAGCGGGGAAUCUUGGAGGAAUCUCCGGUCGGAGUCACUGUCAUCACCGGGUACCUCGGCGCCGGCAAAUCCACGUUAGUUAAUUACAUCCUGAAUGCGCAACAUGGAAAGAAGAUUGCCGUGAUAUUGAAUGAGUUUGGAGAGGAGAUAGGAGUAGAGAGGGCGAUGAUCAAUGAGGGUGAAGGUGGUGCGCUUGUGGAGGAAUGGGUGGAGUUGGCCAAUGGCUGUGUUUGUUGCACCGUUAAGCACAGCCUUGUACAAGCUCUGGAGCAGCUUGUUCAGCGGAAAGAAAGACUCGAUCAUAUAUUGUUGGAGACAACUGGACUGGCUGAUCCUGCUCCCCUUGCCUCUGUUCUUUGGCUGGAUGAUCAGCUGGAGUCAGAAAUUACUCUUGAUUCUAUAAUCACAGUUGUGGAUGCCAAAAACUUACAACGACAGCUUGAGGAGCAUCUUAAGUCUUCUUUCUUUCCUGAAGCAUUCCUUCAGAUAGCAUUCGCUGAUGUCGUGAUUUUAAACAAAGUUGAUUUGGUCUUGCAAGAGGGUUAUGGGCUUGAUACUUCAUCCAUAUUGGAAGAACUGGAAAAGAAGAUCUAUGAUAUCAACUCACUUGCCACUGUCAUACAUAGUGUUCGUUGCCAAGUUGAUCUGUGUAAAAUUUUGGAUCGGAAGGCCUAUGGUGCUAAGAAUAUAGCUCAUCUGGAGAAACUUUUAGAAGACAGUAAAUCUACAUUUAGCAGAAGCCGUCAUGAUAACACUCUUCGCACAUUGUGCAUUUAUGAGGAGCAACCAGUUGAUUUAGAUAUGGUAGGGUCUUAUUUACCAGCAACAUGGGUGCCUGUUUCUUUAGUUCUGGUUCGUUCUUGGCUAGAGGAUCUUCUAUGGGAGAAGAAAUCUAAUAUGGAUGUCUAUCGCUGCAAAGGGGUUUUAAAUGUCCUCAACUCUGAUCAACUUCAUACCCUCCAGGCAGUCAGAGAAAUAUAUGAGAUUGUACCAGCUCGCAAAUGGCAUCAAGGAAAAAAGCAAAUGAGCAAGAUAGUUUUCAUAGGUCAUAAUCUGGACAUUAGCAUUCUAGCUGAUUCUUUCAGAUCUUGCACAGUUUUGACUUGAUAUGCACCUGGAAUGCUAUGCAAUUAAGCAAGGAUUCCACAAGUCUUCAAAUUUCUUAGUUAUACUUACCAGUCUCAAGCCUUGGAUUUCCAAUGUCAUGCUAUUACACCCAACAAAUUGUUACUUUUGGGCAAUCAAGUGAAACCCGAAGCACCAGUGUGCAAGAUUCAUGCUCGGAGAAAUCUCAUUUAUAUAUAUAUGGUGAAACUUGUAAGCUAAGGAUGGAAGAUGGUUGAAGAAAUGUCCCUCCCAAGAGAGUGAAUGUUCUAUUGUUGUUCUAUUAGCAUAUAUGUAUUCACUGAUCAUGCAGGCAUAGCAGUGAGCAUUUCUGAAUGUUUAAUAGCUAGUGCAAAAUUUAAGCUCUGAUCAUAUAUCAAAAUCCUAAACCCAGUAUGGUCAUGCUAUUUUCUAA